AAUGGUGGCUACCACUGCGGCUACUGCGGCAAGUACUUCAGCAGCCGCAGCAACAUGGUGGUACACGAGCGCACGCACACGCAUGAGCGGCCGUACACGUGCAGCCACUGUGGCCGCACGUUUUCACAGCAUGGACAGAUGGUGAUCCAUGUUCGCUCGCACACGGGCCAGCGGCCGUUCAAGUGCUCGCACUGUGACAAGGCGUUCACCUCGAGCAAGGUGCUCAAGAUCCACAUCCGCACACACACCGGCGAGAAGCCAUACCCGUGCGAGCACUGUGGCAAGCGGUUCGCCGCUUACGCCAACCUGGUGGUGCACCGGCGCAUCCACACCAAGGUGCGGCCGUACAAGUGCCAGAAAUGCGAGCGCACGUUCGAGCACAGCGGCAACCUGCAGCGGCACGCCCGGGUGCACGGGUGCGAGCUGUCGGAGGACGAGGGUGAGGAUGUCCCCCCGGACGCCGAGAGUGGGCUGACAGCGGCGGCGGCGGCGGCGGAGGCGGCGAAGACGGCCCGGGCGGCGACCGAGCUGCGCUGCCGACUGUGUCAGGUGGCAUACAGCGGCUCGGCGGAGCUGCUAGAGCACCGGUGUCCGCGACUGGCGCAGCGGCCGCGGCGCGGCGCGGCAAGCGGCGACGCGCAGCUGCUCACCCUUAGCCAGCUGUUCGAGUACAUCCAGCAGCUGCAGCGGCAGCCAGCUCUGAGAGCGCACGUCAUGGCUGGCAAUGCGCUGCAGAAUGCUACGCGUCAGCGGGUGUAG